AUGGGGGCCAGCUGCAGACGCAGGCAAAGGCUGCAGGACUCGACCCUUCCGACUCCUAGCCUGCAAGAACGUCGAGUGCACCAGGAGGAGCUGGAGAUUCAGCAAGAGCAGCUUUUGGCUGCUCCGCCCGCUCCGCCUGACCUGGGAGAUGCACUGGGCGCACUUUCCCGUGCAUAUGCUGGGACCGGUUUUGGAGACGAUACUGCAGACUGGGAAGGUGUCCUCUCCGUUGAUGGCAUCAAUGGUUUUUCCAAUUCUGCGCUCUAUGGAGAAAUCAAUGAGCAGGAUUUUGCGGAGCUUAUCUUUGACUUGGGUUUAAGGCCACCCGCGAUCAUUUAUGACCUCGGCAGUGGCACUGGAAAACUCGUAAACCUCGCUGCUUUGAUUGGUUUUUCAGCAACUGGGAUCGAGCUUGAACCUGGCCGACACCAGCGUGCUUGCACUGCCGCGAGGACACUUCUGAGACAGGUGGGCGACAGCCUCGGAGGGCAGCCUCCACGUUUUCUGCACACUAGCUUUCUGGAGUUUGACUUUUCAGAUGCGGACUUUGUAUGGGCAAAUUCUAUCGUGUUUGGGCCAGAGAUGAUGGAGGCUGUGGCAAAGGUGGCCCGCCAGAUGCGUCCGGGUAGCUUCGUGGUGACUCACAAGCCGCUGCCAGGUAUUGGCUUUGAGCUCUACCGCGAAGUUGACCUGAGAGCCUCUUGGCGACCUGAGGGAAGCGUCCCCUUUCAGGUGGACUUAUCCUCCGCGUUGGUGUGA